CACGAGAAAGGGUGUGGACAUUGUGAUGACGUCACUAAAAAUAAUCCCCGCCCUUCUACACCAGUAGCGGAAGUUCCGUUGAGAUUCUGGGACAGCAAGUGCACUCCUUACAGUGUAUGUGUGGCAACAACAUGUCUGUGCCGCUGCUCGCCGAGGCUGUGACGGUGUCUGGGACAGAGAAGGAGACCGCUGCGGUGAUCUUCCUUCAUGGUUUGGGUGACUCAGGGCAUGGCUGGGCAGACACCAUGACUGCUAUCCAACUGCCACAUGUUAAGUAUAUCUGCCCCCACGCGCCCAGAAUCCCUGUCACUCUUAAUAUGAAGAUGACCAUGCCUUCAUGGUUUGACCUGAUGGGUCUCAGCCCAGAUUCUCCAGAAGACGAGGCUGGCAUCAAGAGGGCAGCGGAGAACAUCAAAGCCAUAAUCGACCACGAGGUAAAGAAUGGAAUACCCGCCAAUCGUGUGAUGCUUGGAGGGUUCUCUCAGGGUGGGGCUCUGUCCUUGUAUACCGCCCUCACCUGUCAGCAGCAAUUGGCGGGUGUGGUUGCUCUCAGUUGCUGGCUGCCGCUUCACAAGAGUUUCCCACAGGCGGCGAGCACCAGUGGGAAUAGGGACAUGCCCAUACUGCAGUGUCAUGGGGAGAUGGACCCCAUGAUCCCAGUGCAGUUUGGGGCCAUGACGGCCGAGAAGCUCAAGAUCAUCGUCAACCCUCAGAAAAUCACCUUCCGGACCUACCCGGGACUCAUGCACAGCUCCUGUCCUCAGGAGAUGGCAGCAGUGAAGGAAUUCAUUGAGAAGCAGUUGCCCCGAAUCUGACCUCACCUCAACCCCACUGUGACUCUUAGACGCUGACCUCUCACCUCUGACCUGCCAUUCUCUCACAGGAAACAGCCAUGAGCACCGCCCCCUCCACACACACACACAAACACAGUAACACUUACUUUCACAUAACAUCAUAAUCAUAAUACAUGCCUCAUUCCAUAAAAAUCCAACGCACAUCAUACUGGACACACCUUUUUAUAAACACACAGUUUUGAACACACUGAAGUGUGCAAACAAGUCUUCGCUUUGAGGGAGAAUCACUGAUAAACACAGUACAACCCCUGGGAUUCUUUUAUCUUACCCAACCCACCAUUAUCCCCUCUUUCUUUCUCUGAACCUCCACUCCUGUUUCCCUCCAUUGCUGUGUGUGUCAGUGAGUGAAGCAGUAAGUGAGCAGGGGGGCUCCUCCUGUUCCUAGAUGCCACCCAGUGUCCGAGUCUGACCCAGGCUGAGGAGAUGGCAGGUUCAGCAGCCUGUGGUUCUGGUCCUCAGGCCCCGAGGGUCUGGUGCCGUCUGGAGUGACUCUGGUGCCAUGCUGCUGUGUAUGCUGUUCCCAACAGGUUCACGGCUGCUGGUGGGGUUGUGGUCGCGCCACAGCUACCCAUGGGUGCCCCGUCAUUCCUGGGUGCCCGUACUUGUGCUGAUUCAAUUAUCUGACGUUAUAAAAACCCAAUUGAAAUAAAGGAAACCAAUGGAUCAUUACUUUUGCCACAAUGUUAUGUUCUGUUACCACAAUUUAGGGUUAUUGAUGAUGUGUACAUUUAUGUGAUUUAUUUUGUUUGCCAUAAAUGGGCCAUGAUAAAACUAAAUGUAUAAAAUCAAACAUUUCCAUUGCCUGAAUCCAAAAUGAUUGUGGCAGGAUUGAAUUAAAUGUAUUAACUGAAAGAUUAAAAUGAUACAUUUCAUACACCUUUAAAGGGCUUAGGGCUUAAAAAAUCUAAUUGUUUUAGCUACUUGUAUUUGUCUAUUGCACUGAAGAGAUGGUCAGCAAAGAUAAAAAUAGAUUGAUAAUGUAUUACUCCAGAUGGUACCAGAACCAGACCAGAACAUAAAAUGUAGUUCACACAACUCGACUCAUUUGACUGCAGCUCUUCCUAGCCGUUCCCUCUUAGCAUCUAGCAUUUGACCAGUGAGCCAUGUUCCAUUCCAUCCAUGUCCAGCACAAAUAAGUUUCCGCUCUCACUGACCAAGGUCAUUUUUACUGUCAAGCAAAACUAUUCACUCAUUUGACAACUUACCUUCACCCACUAAUACAGUGUGAAAGGUCAGAGUUAACUUUAACCAGGUCUUGUAAUUUGACUCUUAAAAUUGGUAUGCACUGGGAAGGCUGAGAAAAAAAGCUGUUCUUUUAUUAAUUGAAGGGUGAUUUAAAAAAAAAAGCAUUAGUCUUGAACAACUUGCGGAGCUUGGUCGUAGGACUUUAACUCUGAGUCAUUGUGCUAAAAUCAGGUGUUCUGUAUUUUCCUUUUGUCAAUGUUUUCUCUUUAUGAUGACCUAUUCUGUAUUACUGAAACCUAAUUUAAAAUGGUAGACAUUGGAGAAUAAAACAACUGUAUUAAUUGUUCUGCUAUUUAAUGAAUGUCUCUUACUCCCUAUUUGUCUUAUUACAUCUUUCCCCAUGUCAUCUUCCUUGACCCAGCACGUUUACUUUUCACUUGUAUUAGUGGACUACAUUUUGUAUGCUUUUCUCUCUUCCAUCCCUUUUUGCCUUCUAGUCCCAUCCUAUCACCUAAUUCCCUGUGGGACAAGGUUGAAUAAAGUGUCUCAUGUCUGUUCUCUUGAGUUGUACUUUGUCAUUGUUAGAAUUUUUACAAUUGUGGCUCAUUUAGAUCUUUCAUUUUGUCUCAAUGUGUUUUGUCACUUUGUCAUCUCAUCAUUGUGUCUUAAUCUGACUGGCUAAAAUAUGUUGAGCGACUGUUGGUCCCUCAGGUUAUUUUAUUUUUUAAGACACCUGUAUCUGGAAUAAAUGAUGCAAAUAACAGUG